AUGGACAAGACAGAGUACACACAACUGUGCCCCUUACAUGAGACUGGCCAUUCAUUGAACUCUUGUCGUGCCUUCCAGAAGAAAACCGUUCAAGAGAGAAGAGAAUUCCUUAGAUCAAAGGGAAUUUGUUUUAAAUGCUGUGAAGAGAAACAUCUAGCCAAAGACUGUCAGAAAACAAUCAAGUGUAAUAUCUGCAAGGAGCCAGGACAUGCCACUGCCCUGCAUGUUGGGAGACGCGCAAGUGACACUGAAACCGACAGCCAGGUGAAGACUGUAUGUACACAAAUUUGCGGAAACGUACAUAAAACUAGCAAAUCCUGUGCUAAGACUCUCUUGGUCAACAUACGCCACGGAAAUAACCCAGACAAGGUGCUACGAACGUAUGCGAUAAUUGACGAACAGAGCAAUCGGUCUUUAGCAAACAGUGAUUUCUUCAACUUCUUUGGUGUGGAUGGUCCAGACAUCCAAUACGAACUUACCUCAUGUUCCGGGCAGUCUACUCAAACUGGACGGAGAUCGGCAGGAUUCGUUAUCUCAUCUUUGGAUGGAAAAUCUAGUCUUCGUCUUCCACCAUUGAUGGAAUGCAACUAUAUCCCAAAUAACCGGGACGAGAUUCCAACACCAGAGGUCGCGAGAUCUUACAGACACAUGAGAGACAUAGAAGAGGAAAUACCCCCUUUAGAUCAGGACGCAGAGAUAACAUUGCUGGUUGGCAGAGAUUUGCUGCCUGCCCACCACAUUCUGGACCAAAGACUGGGAGACUCCGACUCCCCAUUUGCUCAAAGACUGCACCUAGGGUGGGUAGUGAUCGGUGAGGUAUGCUACGGGGCUUCACAUUCUCAGGAAUCUUUGUCAGUGUGUAAGACAUAUACUAGGACAAAUGGGCGUAUGUCUCUCAUGGAAACUUGCAAAAAUUCAUUUCAACUUAAGAAAGCCGACAUAUUCGCUAAGACGAAGCAUGACGACUCACCUGGCCUCUCCAUAGAGGAUAAGAAGUUCAACGAUAUCAUGGAGCAAGGUUUUGAAAGAGAUUCUGAAGGAUGUUGGUCAGCACCGCUUCCGUUUAGAGAGAACAGACAGCUCCUUCCGAGCAAUAGAAAUCAUGCACUUCACAGAGCAAACCUACUUACUAGAGGACUUCAGAAGGAUCCUGACAAAAAACGGCAUGUCAUGGAAUUCAUGAGCAAACUCCUUGAUAAUGGUCACGCUGAGAUUGCGCCACCACUUUCUUCCCCAGAGGAGGAACAUUGGUACUUGCCUCUUUUUGCAGUUUAUCAUCCCAAGAAAGGAAGCGUCAGAUGCGUGUUUGAUUCAUCUGCACAGAUUCAAGGACUCAGUCUCAACAGUGUUCUCUUGACCGGACCAGACUUGGUAAACAGCCUUCUUGGAAUCUUGUUAAGGUUUCGACAGUUCCAGGUAGCAGUGACAGCAGACGUAGAACAGAUGUUUUACCGCUUCUCAGUUCCAGCAUGUCACCGAAACUUUUUACGAUUCUUUUGGCACAAAGACGAUGUAGAGAAAGAACUUACAGAGUACAGAAUGAAGAGACAUGUCUUUGGGAAUAGUGCGUCCCCAGCAGUAGCUACUUUGGGACUUCGCAGAACUGUAAGAAAUGCCGAUGAGGAUGUCAGACAAUUUGUGUGUAAAAACUUUUACGUUGAUGACAGCCUCAUAUCCGUAGAUACAGUUGAAGAAGCAGUCAACAUAGUCGCGAAAACGCAGAAAAUUCUUAUGGAGGAAGGGAAUAUCAGGUUGCAUAAAUUGGCUUCCAAUGAUCCGAAGGUAUGCGCGGCAUUUCCAAACAAUGACUUAGCCAAAGAACUCAAGGAUCUGAACCUAGAUUUAGAUGAAACACCCCUUCAACGGACCCUUGGUGUGAGCUGGAAUUUGUCUACAGACAUGUUUACAUUUCAAGUCUCGCGUACUCUUCACCCUUAUACAAAAAGGGGAGUACUUGCAACUAUUAAUAGCCUUUACGACCCUAUUGGAUUCCUCGCACCUGUUAUAGUGAAAGGUAAAAAGAUAUUACGCGACUUGAUGGCCGAGAAAUUAGACUGGGAUGACCCACUCCCUGAGGACCAGUACUCUCUAUGGUGUGAGUGGCGAGAGUCAUUGCCAGCGUUAGAGGACAUAACAAUACCAAGGGCUUACGCUUACAUCAAUAGUGCAGAGGUCUUGCGAAGAGAACUACACAUAUUUGCCGAUGCGUCACAAAAGGCAAUUGGUGCAGUGGCCUACAUGAAGACUUACCAGACAGACGGCACCCCUCAUGUAGGAUUUGUCCAGGCAAAGGCAAAGGUGGCACCCGUACAUGGACACACGAUUCCACGUCUGGAAUUGUGUGCAGCUGUGUUGGCAUCUCAACUGAAAAGCACAAUUUUGAACAACCUAGAUGUUGAAAUAGCCGCCACAACCUUGUAUUCAGAUAGCAAGGUCGUACUUGGAUACAUCAACAACGAACGCAGACGAUUCUACAUAUAUGUGGGAAAUAGAGUAGAAAGAAUACGUCAGGCGACAUCUUCGCAUGAGUGGGAAUAUUGUCCUACAGAUCAAAACCCGGCCGACAUUGCCACCAGGUCAAUCAAACCCUGCGACCUUCAAGAGAGCAGAUGGUUAUGUGGACCCCAUUUCCUUAGGAACAUGAAAGAGGAAAAGUGUAAUCCCAGUGAACCAGGAAAUCCCACUGACAGAUUCCCAUUGGUGGAUGUGGAACAAGAUAAAGAAGUGAGGCCCAUUGUGAAGACCUUGCAUACCACAUGCAAGGAUGAAGUAUACCACUCCUGGUGCGAGAGAUUUAAGAAUUUCUCCUCUUGGAUCGGACUAGUCAGAGCUAUUGCGCGACUGCAGCACCUUGCUCACUCCUUUAACAAGUCUAGUAGCUGUGUGGGAUGGCACCAUUGUUCAGUCCCGAAGAGUGCUGAAGCAUACAAAAGAGCUGAAGAAUUCAUUAUGAAGGCAGUUCAGAGAGAAUACUUUCCGGAGGAAGUUGAGAGCCUUAUGGAGGGGAGAGAAAUUAAGAAAGGAAACGCUAUCUUGGGAUUGUCACCGUUUUUAGACUCCAGAGGACUUCUACGAGUUGGAGGAAGGUUGAGGUGUGGAACCAAAUCACUUCGUCAGAUUGAAACUUGUCCUAUAUUGAUACCGAAAGGAAGUCAUUUAGCCACAUUGUUAGCUCUAUAUUGUCAUGAACAGGUCUUUCAUCAAGGUCGACGCCUCACAGGAGGGAAACUUCACAGCAUGGGAUUCUGGAUUGUGGGAGCAAAGAGGUUAAUCAACAGUCUUCUGGGGAAAUGUGUCAUCUGCAAAAGAUUGCGUGGUACAUUCUGCUCUCCUAAAAUGGCCGAACUUCCUGAAGACCGUUUAAGUCCUGGACCCCCCUUUACCUACGUCGGAGUAGAUGUAUUCGUCCUUGGAGCAUAA